AAUAUUUAACAGCAUGUGGUCAUGGAAUUCAACCUUUUGAUGAUCACAAAAUUAUUAUAAUUGAUGAUAAUGAUUCAAAAACCACAAAUAGAACUACAACUUCCUCUGACAUGAUAAAAUCUAAUGAUGAGGUUUUAGUUUCAUUCCAGGCCAAAGGACUUACUGAUUUAUUUUUCAGAGAUUGUGCAAAAUGUCGCAGAAGUUUGUGUCUUUGUGAAUUUCUUAUUCGAACUGUAACAGUUUAUGGAGUUUUGUUUGAGUGUGAGUCAGCAUUAAGCAAAUUGUUAUUAUCUAUUACAACCACAACUUUUCAAUUGUUAAAAACAAAGCUGGUAAAUUAUAGUGCUAUUAAUGACAAUGGAGAAUUUAUAGGACAAAAUUACAAAGAUGAUAAAAUUACCAAUAUGGUAGAAAAUAUAAUUAGAACUUUGGCUUAG